UUUUGCAAAAUGGCGGCAGUGAAACAUGUCUAUUCACAAUCAGUUAGUCAAGAAAUGACCGCCCUUGAAGCAAAAGAACCGAAAGAAGAAAAAGCCGGUGCCAUUCAACGAGACGGUGUGGUAUCGUUUCCCGAAACCGACGAUGAAAGUGAAGAAUUUGAUCCUUGGGCUUUACCUGCCUUCAAGAGCGUAGGUCCUAAGUGGUCAGAACUUGAUGGAUCCGGGAAAGUUAAGCGAGUUGCCUGGAAUUUUACGAAGUUCAUUCUACUACUAUUCCUGCUUUACAUGUUUAUUUGCUCGUUGAGUUUCCUCAGCAGUGCCUUCAGACUCCUAGGAGGGAAAGCCGCUGGGGAGGCUUUUGCUUCUAACGAACUACUAUCGAACCCUAUCGCUGGCCUGAUGAUUGGAUUGUUGGCCACGGUCUUGGUCCAGAGUUCAUCUACUACUACUUCAGUUGUCGUGGCUAUGGUAGCCUCUUCCAUUCUUGAUGUUAAACCGGCUAUUCCAAUUGUGAUGGGUGCUAACAUCGGAACGUCUGUGACAAACACCUUGGUUUCCUUGGCCCAAGCAGUUGACAAAAAUGAAUUCCGACGUGCCUUUGCUGGAGCUGUUGUCCAUGACAUCUUCAACUGGUUGUCUGUCAUUGUAUUCCUCCCUCUGGAAGUGGUCUCUCACUAUUUGUUUUACCUAACUGACAAGAUAGUGAGAGUAAUGAAAAUCCAGACAGAUAAAGGGGCUAAUAAGGAACUCCUUCAGAAAAUAACCAAACCAUUUACCAAGCUUGUUAUUCAGUUGGACAAGAAAGUUAUCAAGAACAUUGCCCUAAAAGUAGGAGAGAAAUCAAAGUCUUUGAUAAAAACUUGCAGUCUUAAGAAAACUGUUCUCAAGAAUGUCACUGCAGAGCUGAACAUCACUGGUACUAUCGUGAAUCAAACACUAGAAAGGAAUGUGACCAUCAAUGAACCAGUGAAAUGUGACUUUCUUUUCUCUGACGCUGGAAUGAGUGACACUACUGUUGGUGUCAUCCUUCUAAUCAUAGCACUUUUUAUCCUUUGUGUGUGCCUAAUUUGUAUUGUCAAACUACUGCACUCCAUGUUAAGAGGACAGCUUGCAGCAGUCAUCAAACGGACAGUUAAUUCUGAUUUUCCCAAGCCUUUCCAUCAUUUGACUGGCUACUUUGCCAUUAUUAUUGGUGCUGGGAUGACCAUUUUAGUGCAAUCAAGUUCCAUAUUCACCUCUGCCCUUACCCCAUUGAUUGGAGUUGGUGUCGUUAGUAUUGAAAGAGCCUAUCCUCUCACCCUUGGUGCCAAUAUUGGAACAACUGGUACUGGAAUUCUUGCUGCCUUGGCAAGUGAUAUUCAAUCCCUUGACAAAGCUCUCCAAAUUGCCUUGUGCCAUCUGUUCUUCAACAUCUCUGGAAUUUUGCUUUGGUACCCCAUUCCAUACAUGCGAAAUGUUCCCAUCAGGUUUGCCAAGUUCCUUGGAAACACCACAGCAGAUUACAGAUGGUUUGCCCUUGCAUAUCUAGUCUUUGGAUUUUUCCUCUUGCCAGCCUCAGUCUUUGGCCUGUCGCUUGCUGGAUGGCAGAUUCUACUUGGCGUUGCAGUUCCCAUUCUUGUUCUCCUGCUGUUCAUUCUCAUCACAAACAUACUCCAAAGAAAAAAGCCAGCAGUUUUACCAGAAGUAUUGAAAGACUGGGAGUGGGCACCAAAAUGGACCCGUUCUCUAGAGCCUCAUGACAAGGCAUUAAGAAAGGCAUAUGAAGUGAGCAAAGGCCGUUGUGGUAAUAAAAGAACUAGAGAUUUGGAAACGGUUGUAUGAUGGCCCUUGGAAAAGUUCAAAGUACAGCAUCAGCCACAUUCAUAGUCUAUCAUUGGGGUUUUACACAGUUAUGAGUUAUUUUGUAGACCAUGAUUUAAAUAGCAAUUUUAUUUAACCCACGAGAUACAAUAUGGGAAUCGGAAGGAACCUACGUUAAUUAUUUCUUGGGUUAAGUAAAGUUUCUCUUAAGGUUUUAAGGUAUCAUUAGUUAUUUCUUUAGUACAAAAUUCAGAUUAGCACCCAUAAGCAAUUAAAUUAUUAUUACUAUAAUUUAGUAUAUUUAUUAUUAAUGUGCCUUACAUGUUCUGCUUCCUUUAUAGGGUGGUGUGCAUAAUAUGAAAACUAAAAAGAAAGUUUAAAAUUAAAUCCUUUUUUGAUAAAUACACCUAUCAUAUUUGGAAAUCUAAUUUUGAUCUUUCUUUUGUUUCAUAUUAUUUCUGGUAAUGUAUUCAUAAAAUAUCUAAAUAUAUGAUGAAAAAAAGAAAUAAAAUUUUUAUUUAAGCCAAAUUGGCUUUACAUUAAAUAGAUAAGGUAAGUGGUAUCUUAUUUUAUGUUAUCCUAUUUUAUGUAAAGUGCAACUUAAUGUUUUAAUAGGAAAUAAACUUUAAAACGUCUAUUGUUGUAUAUAGGCAUCCUUCCCUUUAAAAUAUUACAUGUUGAAUGUAAUUAUAAUAUUUUUGCACAUUGAUACUCCAGUUUGAGUCUAAUUUUCUAAGCCUUAGCAUCAGUUAUGUGUUAAGAAUAUGAACUCAAAAUUGAAGUAUUUCAUUAUGAUUUUUGGGGGGGGGGAGUAAAUGAUAUCUAAAUUAAGCAUAGCUAAUCAGAUUUUAUUUGCACCAAUAAUCAUUUUAACUACAAGGAUUCUUUGGGGGAUAUCUUGGGUUUUUCAAAUGAUUAAAUCAGUAUUUUGGCUUUCAAAAUUACAAGAAUUCAAUUUUAGAGCCCAAGAAAUUGUUAAAUUUUACCAUAUGCAUAURAAGCCAGUGUUUUUUUCUUUUGGGGUAGAAGCACUGACCUCUAAAAACUAGCCCUGAUAGUAAUAAUUUGAAUCACUAGGGUAAAGUCCUUAAAAUAUUUCAUCCCAAUGUAUUGGCUUUCAUGAGGAUUAAAAUUGAUGUCCAAUAAUAAAAAGGGAACAUUUGGGUUAUUCCAUGAGUUAUUUUUAAGAUUCCAUUAUGGUAGCUAUGGCUUUAUAAUGUAUAUUAAGGGUGAUUUUCAUAAACCUGUGAAACAAGUGUGUAAUAUUGAAAUGACAACAAAAUAACACAAUGGACUUGGGGUAUAUGUAUUUGGCUAGUAAGUAUUUUAUGGGUUUAUGAAAACCACUCUAACACGAAUAGUGCCGUCGAAAAGAUGAUUGGAUGAGGGAGGAAUAAAAGCUAUUCUCUGGGGAACAUGCUAAUUAGAUAAGCAUAUUUUAAUGUUAUUUGCAUUAUUUAAAAAACACGUCGAUAUUUUUGCAUAAUCUUUGUUUUCUCGUAUCUAAUYUUUCAUGUCCGUAUUCUAUUUCAGAUCCAAAAAAUGGAACAGUAAAGUAUAAUUGUAAACUCCCAGUGGCUUUUGCAGCCACUGGUAGAGGUUACAGUACAUUAUUACGGAGAAAUAAUUUCAUGAUAAAAGAAAUGGAUUAAUCGUAAAAGAAUGCAAGUGAACUCCCACGCGGGAUUCCUGUGGUAUUGAGUUCCUUGUUCUUAUAAAGUCACUUGUACACUUUCAAGAGGAACAAUAAAAUGAAUUUGUCUCUA